AUGGGAGGCUGCGGCUUUAUGGUCGCCAACGAGGGGAUUAGAGCCACGUUGCAGCAGAUUACUCACAAAUUCCCACGGACUCAGAUCUUGGAGAUCGGAGCCGGCACGGGAGCCACGACCAGCAGUGUUCUCAACGCCAUCGGGAACGCAUACGAGUCCUAUACUUACACCGAUAUCUCCACUGGAUUCUUUGAAGAUGCGACCGAGAGAUUUUGUGAACACAGCCAGAAAAUGGUCUUCAAGACGCUAGACAUUGAAAAGCCUGUCGUCAACCAAGGGUAUACAGAAAGAAGUUACGACAUCAUCAUUGCUGCAAACGUCUUGCACGCAACGCGAAAGCUCGACGCGACUUUGCAAAAUGUCAGAUCCCUCUUGAAGCCUGGUGGCUUCUUAGUGCUCGUGGAGGUUACCGGUCAUGAAGUCUUACGCCUGACCUUUAUAAUGGGCGGUUUGCCUGGAUGGUGGUUAGGAGAAGAAGAUGGACGGCGGUUGCAUCCCGGCAUCACACCCAUGGAAUGGGAUUUAAUGUUACAGGCAACUGGUUUCUCCGGGGUGGACUUGGUCUAUCAUGAUCUGGCCGACGGUCGCAAACACUGCACCUCUCUGCUCGUUAGUCAAGCCGUGGAUGACAGGUACCUUGGGCUGCGUGACCCUCUGCCGGCAAUGGCCGACCUGGCCCAAGAGGCACCCUUGCUGGUCAUUGGCGGAAGGACGUUGGCUGUGUCUAAAAUGUCCAAGGAACUACAGAAAAUGAUCCCAAGGUCCUGGCAGCGUCAGGUCCAAGUAAUCACCGACCUGGAUAGUCUGAACAACUCCUCUCUUAAGCCGGGAACCGAUGUCAUCUGUCUCCACGAGUUGGACAGUCCCCUGUUCUCUGUCGCUAUGAAUGACCUUCGUCUGAGGCUAGUUCAGACCCUACUUAUCAAUGCAAAAAAUGUCAUCUGGGUCGUUCGCAACGGGCAAUCCGCCAGUCCAGAGUCUAACAUGUUCCUUGGCAUCGCACGUGCUAUGUUUCAAGAACUACCACAUGCCCAUCUCCAAUACGUCAACUUGAAGUCUGCUGAGGCUCCGUCGGGCAUGGCUCGGACAGUUCUAGAAGCACUCGUGAGGCUGAAGAUUGCUUACAGCCGGCCAUCGGGCGUAGGGGACAUGGUUUGGACCCUGGAGCCGGAAAUCGACAUUGAUGGCGGAAAAACUCUCAUUCCACGAGUUCUGCCAAAUCGUGUCUUGAAUGAGCGUUAUAACGCUUGCCGGCGCACGCUGUAUCGCCCUGUAGAUAUUGCAAACACUACGGUACGAGUAGUUUCUGAUCAAGCCACAUUAGCACUGACAGAAACAAUCGCGAGCAAGAAAGACGGUGACCACCUGAGAGUGACUGUGCAAUAUUGUCUUCACAUUCCAAGCAAAACUCAUCAAGAACUUUACAUCUGCUGUGGCUACCUCGAGAGAUCCAGGAACCCCGUUCUAGUCACGUCGUCAAAAAAUCAAUCCAUUUUGGAGGUAUCAGCAGCAGAUGUAAUUCCUAUUGAUGGGCAGGAUUGCAACCCAAGCACCCUUCAACAGGUCACCACUGAUCUAUUUGCACAGGCAAUCAGCAACUUGUUAGUGCCCUCUUCAGGAUCGGUGCUUGUCUAUAAUGCAGAAGAUGUUCUUGCCACCUCCAUUAUGACCCAGUGUCAGCAAAAGCGCAAGACGAAUGGCAUCCUGUUGGCUUCAUCUCAUCCCUCAGCACAGUCCAACUUGGUUUAUAUUCACCCACAGGGAUCGGUACGUGCCACUCAGCGCCGUAUUCCCAAUAACGUCGCCAUCUUUGUAGACUGCUCGAGAGAAUUCAGCGCUCGACGUAUCAUUGAGCCUUGCCUGCCGAAGAGUAGUGAGAUAUACCAGCUGGACACGAGACUCUUAUCAUCAAUCAUGGUCCAGGAGGGUCUCGCAAAGUCUUAUUCGACGGCAGGCAGCAAUUCAAACUUUUCGAUCCGUUAUCCCGUGUUGAAUGUUCAGGACCUUCCAGGUAUGGACGCUUCCAUUUUGAACACCCUCUUCAUCACCGAUUGGCAUACCACCGCCCCAAUUCAGCUUCCCAUUCAAAAUCCGGGUGAGCAUGGACUGUUUGAACCUCACAAGACAUACCUUAUGGUGGGCAUGGCUGGCGGUCUUGGUCUGUCCGUGUGUCUGUGGGCAAUUCGACAAGGUGCACGUCAUGUCGUGAUCACUAGCAGGAACCCCAAGAUUGAUUCACAAUGCUUCCAGGAGGCUCGCAUGUCUGGUGCAGACAUUCGAAUUAUAUCCAUGGAUGUGUCAAGUCGAUCAUCGGUCGAGCUCGUAGUAUCUCAAGUCCGGGAGACGAUGCCCCCGAUUGCGGGUGUUUGCAACGCAGCAAUGGUUCUGUCCGACAAAUUGUUCGUUGAUAUGGAUACUAAAGGCCUCAAUAAUGCGUUAAAGCCCAAAGUUGAUGGCACAAAAAACUUGCAUGACGUUUUCGCAGAUGACUGCUUGGACUUUUUUAUCCUCUUCUCCUCCCUUGGAUCCAUUGUUGGAAACCCGGGUCAAUCCAACUACCAUGCUGCGAAUCUCUUCAUGACUGGUUUGGCUGCGUGGAGACGUGACCAAGGAUUAACGGCUUCUGUGAUUCAUAUCGGACUAGUAACAGACGUGGGUUAUGUGACGCGCCAGGAUCGCAGUAUCCAGGACCAUCUGAGCAGUUUGCUAUUUCUCCCAUUAUCAGAAACAGAUAUUCACCAUGCGUUCUCAGAGGCUGUUGAGGCUGGCAAGCCAGAUAGUCAGCAUUCCUUCGAGAUCAUCAUGGGUAUUGAACCGCUCUCGAAACCUGUCGCCGCAGACCGCCAACCGUGGUGGCUUUCGAAGAAUCCUCAGUUCGGACAUUUCAAGCCGUCUGUUGCUCUCCAACAAGAGCAACGUCUCACCAAGUCUAGUAGUGGCAGCAUCAAGCAGGGAGUGGAGAAGUCCAAUUCAGAGGAUGAUGCUAUCGUACUGGUGCAAGAAGCCUUCUCUGCCAAGUUGGAAUCGAUGAUGCAACUGUCUGCGGGCAGUGUUCAAGUGCAAAAAUCCUUGCUUGCUCUAGGAAUUGACUCUCUCGUGGCGGUGGAGAUCCGGAUGUGGUUCCUCAAGGAGUUGGGCACGGAUGUUCCCGUGCUCAAGAUUUUAGGUGGAGAUAGCGUUGCGCAGAUUUGUAUUGCUACCACCAAACGACUGCUCGCAGAUCUGCAUGAGAGGAGCCAGGCUAUACCUCCAAAUCCAGAAGAUUCGACCGACUCGACUUCCAGCUUGGAGGACUCGUUUGAUGCUACCUUGGACGGUGUUGAUUCCUUGGCUACAAGUGAGCUGGGCUGUUCUAAGGAUCUGUCCAGCACAUGUCAAGCAUUGGAUGAAGUGCGCCCCGACAGGCCUUGUGAUGACCGGUCUGACAGUGCGUCUCACUUACAAACCCCGAUUCCCACUCAAGAGGAACAUAUGUCCGACCCCCAGUCCCGCAUCUGGUUUGUGUCGAAGCAUGUCAAUGAUCCUACCACCUACAACAUGACUUUUACGUAUGAGUUAAAGGGCAAUCUGAGUAUUCCGCGUCUCCAGUAUGCUCUCCAUACAAUGCAGCAGCAUCACGAAGGGUUGCGAACCUGUUUCUACGCCCGCCUAGAGGAUGCCCACCCCAUGCAAGGCGUCCUGUCUAACCCAGUCAACCUCUUUAAGCAUGUGGCCAGCUCCAGCGAUGCGGACGUUGCCUGUGAGCGUGACUACCUUAAAACCCACAUAUGGGACCUCGAACGAGGCCAGACCUUGGGUGUGACGGUUCUUUCUCGAGAUUCGGAGAGCCACACAUUAAUUCUCGGUUACCAUCAUAUAAUCAUGGACGGGAUGAGCUUGCACUUAUUCUUGCGCGACUUGAAUUUUACCUACCAAAUGCAGACCCCCCAGCGCAAAACGGGAACGUGCAUCGAAUACGCCUCGCAACAACUCCAGGCCAAGCAAUCCCAGAUCAUGCAAAGCCAGAUGCAGUUUUGGCAGGAUGAGUAUGCGUCGCUUCCCCAGGUUCUACCUCUGCUACCGAUGGCGCGGACUCGGACUCGGCCGCUGAUGCAGACACAUGAAACUCACCAUGUCUACCGCAUGAUCGAUCAUGAUCAAAUGGCCACUCUCAAAAGCACGUGUCAGGCACUUCGAAUCACCCCGUUCCAUUUCCACUUGUCAAUUCUCCUGGUGUUAUUGGCUCGCUACGCAGAAACGGACGACAUCUGCAUUGGUGUUGCUGACGCUAACCGCACGGACGAGCGCUUCGCUGAGACGAUUGGAUUCUUUCUGAACCUGCUGCCCGUUCGUUUCCAAGUUGUGAAAAAUGACGAAUUUUCGGAACUGGCCCAGGCUGCCGCUCGCAAGGUCUUUGCUGCUCUGACCAACUCGUCGGUCCCGUUUGAUACCAUUUUGGACAAAGUGAAUGUCCCUCGAUCGACUGCCCACACGCCACUGUUCCAAGUGGCCAUCAACUAUCGGAUGGGUGCCGUGUGGGAAGUGCCAUUGGGAGACUGUCACAUGAAGAUGACUGAUGUUCACGAUGCCAAAAACCCGUAUGAUCUCAGCUUCGGCAUCAUCGAGACAAACUCGGGCACCUCCAUGGUGGAGCUUGCGGGCCAAGAAUCUCUGUACGAUGCCGAGGCGUGUCAACUAAUCUUGAAUACAUACAUGCGUCUCCUCCAGACCUUCACCAAGACGCCGACUCUGAGAGUUCAAGACUGCCGGCUGAACGAUCCUUCAGAUAUCACUUCCGCUUUAAUGGUCGGACGUGGUCCACGAGUGAAAUUCGAGUGGCCUCGAACAUUGGCUCAGCGAAUGCAACUGAUCUUCGGGACUUACGGACCGGAUGUCGCAGUCAAAGACCAAUUUCAGAGCUUGACAUACACCGAACUGGAGGAGCGAGUCAACGUUAUUGCUGGUCGUAUCCGCGAGGUCCAGUGCAGGCCAGGAUCUCGCAUUGCAGUUCUCUGUGAGCCGUCGGUCGACUUUAUCGCCGCAAUGCUGGCUGUUCUUCAUGUGGGUGCUCUAUAUGUGCCUCUAGACGUCAGUCUCCCGUUCACCAGACAUGGGUCCAUGAUCCAGAGUUGUCAACCGAGCCUGCUACUUUGCCAUGCGGCAACAGAAGGCCUUGCCGAAAAUCUCACUGGUGAUGCGGGAUAUGCUCUUCCGUCAGUAAGGAUCGACAGGAUUCAAGCCAAUCAAGAGCUUGUUCCCUGUCUCGCGGAGCCUGACAGUCCCGCCAUUUUGCUCUUUACGAGCGGCUCCACGGGCAUGCCAAAGGGCAUUCUUCUGUCGCAGGCCAACUUCGUGAAUCAUUUGGCCCUUAAAGCGCAGGCACUGGAUCUUCAGCAGGAAUCAGUUCUCCAGCAAAGUUCAAUGGGCUUUGAUAUGUCGCUCAUCCAGACUUUCUGUGCGCUAGCCAAUGGCGGAACGCUGGUGAUUGCCCCGAUUGAGGCACGACGAGAUCCAGUCGAGAUUACACAAAUCAUGCUCCGCGAGUGCAUCGGCCUGACCAUCGCCACGCCAUCCGAGUAUCUCAUGUGGCUGCGUUAUGGGACCGGGUCACUGGAGAAGCACUUUUCCUGGCGACAUGCCUGCAUGGGCGGGGAGCCCGUCUCCGAUCAACUGAAAGGCGAGUUCCGGCGCCUGGACCUACCCUCUCUAACGCUAACGAAUUGCUAUGGCCCGACCGAAAUCACCGCGGCAGCCACUUUUCAACGCAUUUCGCUCCGGCCCAACGAGACAGCGGAGUCUCCGCAUGCAGUGGGCAAGGCCCUGUCCAACUACUCGGUUUGUAUCCUCGAUCGCGAAGGUCAACCUCUUCCCGUAGGAAUGCAAGGAGAGAUUUGCAUUGGUGGUGCCGGUGUCUCCCUGGGGUAUCUUGAUCUACCCGAUCAGACAGCACUGAAAUUUGUUCGCGACAUUGCAGCAGCCCCGGAGGACCGGACCCAGACAAUGUAUCGUACAGGGGAUAAGGGACGUUUGCUGUCGGAUGGUACAUUAAUAUUCCUGGGACGACUCGAUGGCGACACACAGAUCAAACUUCAUGGGGUCCGCAUUGAGCUUGAAGAGAUUGAAGGCGCCAUUCUGGAAAUUGCACGGGGCCUACUCUCUAACGUCGUGGUGACCGCACGGGGGGAUGUGUUGGUUGCACAUGCCAUCUUUGCUCCUUGCCAAACUGCCACGGAUGUAGAGCUCCAACAUCUCAUCGCCCGUCUUCACCUUCCCCAGUACAUGUGUCCCGCCAGAUUGAUUGUUUUGGAUGAUCUGCCGACUAAUGUAAACGGCAAGGUCGAUCGAAAGGCCCUGCAGGAACUUCCCCUCCCCCAGCGAGAGAUAAGUGCCCCGUCGGAGGAAAAAAUGACUCUUCGUGAAGGCGAACUACGACUAUUGUGGGAGAAAGUUCUGCCCGACCUAAAUAAUACCCGGCGCCUAUCCCCCAGAUCAGACUUCUUCCUUGAAGGAGGGAACUCACUCCGCUUGAUGAAAUUACAGGGUGCUAUCAAGGAGGCCUUGGGAGUUUCCAUCUCGACGCAUGAACUGUACCAAGCUUGUAGCCUGCGACAGAUGGCCGCCUGUAUCGACAGCUGGCGAGACGCGCCAGCUGAAGAACAGAUUGACUGGGUUCGCGAGACGGCUGUGCCAGACACCAUAUUGGCCGCAGCCCGCGAGGGUCAAAGGAAGUGGUCGCAACACAUUGUGCGCGACAGGAUCAAUGUCCUUCUCACUGGAUCGACGAGCUUCCUUGGCAUGACCUUGUUGAAGACAUUAGUCUCCGACGAAAGCAUCCAGCAGAUUCAUUGUGUGGCAGUACUGCCGGAUGAAGAACAGAAGCUGCUCCAUUCUGACAAGAUUUUUGCUUACACCGGCAGCUUGUCGUCACCAACCUUGGGUCUGAGCCCAGCAGAUUGUGAGCAACUGCAUUCAACGAUAGAUGUCAUCGUCCAUGCGGGGGCUAGUGGCCACUGUCUCAACCAUUACUCUUCGCUGCGGGCUCCGAAUGUUUACUCUACGCAGUUGCUUGCCUCGUUCGCCGUGCGCUGGUCCAUCCCUCUAUUAUAUCUGUCCUCCAACCGCGUCGGUCUUCUAUCCGGCAAUACUGCACCACACCCGGUGUCUAUGGCCUCUUUUCCACCCCGAACUGACGGCAUGGAGGGGUUCACGGCGUCUAAAUGGGCGAGCGAGUGCUUCUUGGAGAAUCUGGCUGCGUGCGUUCCUCUUUCGAUCCAAGUGCACCGGCCGUGUGUGGUGGUCGGUGCAGAAGCACCCAACUCCGACGCUCUCAACGCUAUUCUGAAAUACUCGACUCUGAUGCGGACUGUGCCACGGUUUGAUCGUGUUGAGGGAUAUCUUGACUUCCAGCCCGUAGAGGAUGCGGCGCGAGAGAUCGCCGAGGUGGUCGUUUCCUUUGCGAAACAGCCCCCGACUGCGGGUCCAGUUCGCUUCCGACAUCAUUCUGGAAAGGUCAAAGUGCCAGUGCAGGAGUAUCGAGCACAUAUGGAGCAGGUGCAUGGGCACGAAUUUGCAGAGUUGGCCAUUGGAGAGUGGAUCGUGAAGGCGUUGCAGGCGGGCAUUGAUCCGUUGAUUACGACGUACCUGGAAGGCAUUGUAGAGCGGGGAGAAAUGGUCACAUUUCCCUAUCUGGGAGACGCAUCAGAAUAA